AUGCCUCCACGCAGAGCUGCCGCGGCCCCACAGCCGCCAGUCAUCGAACCGUCACCAGUCAAGACAAAAUUCCCCACUGCACGCAUAAAGCGUAUUAUGCAAGCUGAUGAGGAGGUCGGCAAGGUGGCUCAACAGACUCCCAUUGCCGUGGGCAAGGCGCUAGAGCUCUUCAUGAUUGCCCUAGUCACUAAGAGCGCCGACGUCGCCAAAGAAAAGAACUCUAAGAGAGUGACGGCCCAGAUGCUCAAGCAUGUGGUGGAGUCAGACGACCAGUGGGAUUUUUUAAGAGACAUUGUUGGGCGCGUUGAGAAUGAAGACAAGGCCAAGAGCGGCGGUCGCGCGAAGGCCGAGAGUUCGAGCGAUGAAGAGGCCGUCGAGUCGAAGAAGAAGGUCAAGGGUGGGAGAAAAAAGAAGGCUUGA